GCAAAGAUGCGUACUAGCUUCUGCAGAAGCCUCAUCAUCGCGUUAGGUCUCAUGGGGCCCCUGUACUACACGUACAAGAGUCUGGAGGCCAACGACACGGUGCAGAAGACAAUCUGGAUUAAGUACUGGGCCGGUAUGGGUGUCUACUUGAUCGCGGACAGCGUAGUCACUCAAGUGUCCCGAGGUCCCAUGUCGGAGCUCGUCGACUGUGCCAGAAUAUUCGUCCUGAUUUGGAUUCAGGUGAAAGUACCGGAAACAUUUUACGACCGAUUUGUUGGCCCUACGCUCCGAAACUGGAGGCCGCACAUCGAAGAGAUCAUCAAGAAUUUCUUCCAUACACGAUGAAGAAGCGAAAAUUUUUUACUAUAAAUUGAGGUCACGGCAGUGGCUUAGACGCCCAUCUAUAGCCAUGACGUGUUUUAAUGUUGCGAACAUUGUGCGUUCGUGUGUGCGUGCGUGCGUGCGUGUGCG